UAUGAGAAAAGGACGUUUCAUGUUGAGCAUAAGUCGUCAGGGAACAGCGGGCAAUCUAUCAAUCCUUCUUUAAGAUCUCCUGUCUCUUUACAAGUCUUUUUGGAAAUAAUUAGGAGACACUACUCUGCAGUUCCAUCAUCUGCAAAAAUGUCUAAUUCUCCAAAUAUUCUUGGAGGACGGAUGAGAUUGAACGACGGUAAUGAAAUGCCGAUGAUUGGUUUGGGUAUUUCGCGUAUAAAUGGCCAGCAGAGCAUCAGUAAUUCUGUCCGAACAGCACUGGAAGCCGGAUAUAGACUCUUCGAUACCGCACAGCUAUAUGGAAACAUUGAGGAGUAUUUGCCGAAGUAUGGGCUGCAACGAGAGGAUGUUUUCAUAACAACAAAAGUACAAACAAAGGAUGGAGAUGCUACGAUGUGGGCUGAAGAAAGUGUUUUGGGGUCGCUGAAAAAACUCAGGACUAAGUAUAUCGAUCUUGCCCUACUUCACUUUCCCAGAGAUCGGUUUACGGGCUCUGAUGAUGCAUAUGAAGUUAAUAAGAAAGGCAGAAAAGAAGUAUGGCGUAAACUAGAGCAGCUCAAAGAGCGUGGACUGAUAAAAUCAAUAGGAGUGUCUAAUUAUGAAGUGUAUCAUCUGGUCGAAUUAUUAGAUUAUGCGAAGCACCUGCCUGCUGUGAAUCAGAUUGAGUAUCAUCCAUAUUUCACUCGUCAGACUCUUGUCAACUUCUGCAGGCAGAAUCGGAUAUUUGUGCAAGCGUUUUCAUCUUUGUUGUGGGGAAAUCAAGAGAUCCUUAAGGAACCCAUCGUUAAACAGUUGGUUGAGAAGUACGCUGUUACACCACAGACAAUUCUAUACGCAUUUGCUUUGUGUUCUGGAAUGGGGAUCAUUCCUAAGUCUGAAACUCCUGAACGAAUUCGCGACAAUUUAAAUAAAGUAAAGCUCUAA